AUGGCUUCACAGCAGGAAGAAGGUCCUGUUACCACCGGCAUCCGCAGUACUCUCACAGAACUUUUGAAUCCUGUAUCGCUCGAGAUUGUUAAUGAUAGCUCAAAGCACGCGCAUCACUCUGCCAUGCGUGGUGUGACUAGCAAGGAAACUCAUUUCAGAGUAAGUGUUGUUUCUGAGGCUUUUGAAGGAAAGACCACCAUGCAACGUCAUCGCAUGAUAUACACGGCACUGACGAGUGAAUUUGACGCUGGUCUUCAUGCCUUGUCUCUGAAUACUAAGACUCCCGCUGAAGUUGCCAAAAUAUCUAAAGCAUAG